UCGGAGCUAUCGUUGGAAGUCAUAGUUUGAGACCUCAAGUCGUCGUUGUUGUCGUCAUCAUCUAUCUACCUUCACCCAUGACUCGCUCUGAAUUGUGAUGUUGAUUUGAGGUCUUUCUCUCUUCCCCUUCACCCCUUCUCUGAAAUGGGUCUGCAUCAUCAUCAUCACAGAAAGUUGAUGCCAUUGCCAGAAAAAAUCUGCGGGUUAAUUUGUCAUGUGAAGAAGUCCGAGCCUUGUUCCUCAGAUUGCAAAGUUUGCCUUAAGAUCUGUCUAACCAAUCCCCAAUAUCCUUCUUUUUAUUAUUCUCCUCCACCACCACAAGUUCCUCCUUUUCAAUCAUAUGAUGAUGUUGUUGAUGGCGCAGAUCAAGCAUACAACCACAAAAUCUCCACCUAUUUGUUCCUUGCACUUGCUCUUCUAACUGCUGCUUUCUUUGUCGUUUCUUGUCGUGCCAUCUAUACCAGGUUUAGCUCAAGGAGGAGGGUAUCAUCACCAUCAACAUCAAGGCGCCAAACCCAAACACACCAUGAUGAUGAUGAUUUUGUUGAUGAUGAAGAGCAUCAUGGCCGUAUGGUUGACCACCCCAUAUGGUAUAUCCGCACCCUUGGCCUUCAGCAAUCAAUUAUCAAUGCCAUCACAGUUUGUAAGUAUAAGAAAGGAGAAGGUUUGAUUGAAGGAACGGAUUGUGCUGUUUGCUUGAGUGAGUUCCAAGAGGAUGAGAAUCUCAGACUUUUGCCAAAAUGUCAGCAUGCUUUUCAUCUUCCUUGUAUUGAUACCUGGCUUAGGUCUCAUACCAAUUGUCCCAUGUGCCGGGCUCCAAUUGUUGCUGAGAUUGAGUCUUCUAGUUUUGUUGAUUCAAAUUCCUUGGAAAAUAGCCAUAUGGAAGUUUUGGAGAAUAGUGCUCCUGGUGGUUCUGAAUUGAUGAAUAAUAAUAGGGUAGAGGAAGUAGGCCAAUUGGAAGAAGUUGUUGAUGAUGAUGGAGUGAGGGUUUGUGAAACUGAAACCCCGGUUGAAGAUGUGGCCGCAAGCAUUCGUCCUAGAAGAUCUUUUUCUCUGGAUUCUUUUUCUGUUGCAAAUUUCAAUCUUGCUCUUGCAACAGCAGAAUCUUAUGGCAACUCAAAAAGAGUGCAGGGAGGUGUGGAUGAUAUUGAUGAUCCUACUGCUUCAAAGGGGGUUAUUGGAAACGAUUUGGCAACUUCUUCCAAAGGUAGCUCCUCUUUCAGGUUAACAAGAUAUCUGCAGCAGGGUAUUCCUAGUUCUUCAGUGAAACGGUCACAGUCCUUCAAUGGGAAAUACCUUCUAUCCCGGUAUGGCCGCAGUCAGAAGAAGCCAAAUGCUCCUCUGAGAAGCUUUUGAUAAUGUUUUCCUACUAGCUUAUGCUAACUUGCAUGCUAAAAUGUAUAUGUAACUCUCAACAAGGUGAUAGCUUCAAAUUUUAAUUUCUGCAUGAAGCAACUUAUGUGAUGAUGCUCAAGUGUAUAAUAGUAAAUCUGUAAGUUGCAAAAUAUUGUUGAACUUUUGCUCAGAUAGUUCCAUGUAUGAUGUCUUUACAUGAAA